AUGGUAGGCCAGAGGCUGGACUCUGUAGACGGCAGCUUCCUGUGUGUGUCUUGCUUUGGGCUCAGUUCAGUGCACUGGAUCUCGUGUCUGAAGCCCAUCACGACCACAGAUUCUGGGAUAUUCCUCAUCUAUAAUGGUGAGCUGCCUGGCUGCUUGGAGACAAAAGACUCCCUAGUGAAGAUUGCGAAGACCUGUAACUCCAGCUCCCCAGCUCAGAAGUGGAAGUGGGUUUCUCGGAGCCGGCUUUUCAACAUUGAGGCCAUGCAGUGCUUGGGUAUCUCCUGGAAAUCUGCCAACACCAGCACAGCGUCUCAUGCUCUGGCCACCUAUGAGUGUGACCAAGAGUCUGCCAACAUGCGGUGGAACUGCCGGACCCUGGGGGACCAGCUUUCCCAGUAUUUGAACUCCCGGCUGGGCAACUGGUCACAGACCACAGCAGAGAGGGGAGACCAGGCACCCAGAGGCCCGUGGAAGGUGUAUGGCCAAGAAGGGGAUCUGUGCUCCAAGCCAUAUUCUGAAAUUUACACCAUCCAAGGCAACUCACACGGGAAGCCCUGCACCAUCCCCUUCAAGUACGAUAACCUUUGGUUCUACGACUGCACCAGUAUGGGUCGUGAAGACGGUCACCUCUGGUGUGCCACUACACAGGAUUAUGGCAAAGAUGAGAGGUGGGGCUUCUGCCCCAUUAAAAGCAAUGACUGUGAUACAUUCUGGGAUAGGGAUCGCUUCACCAGUAGCUGCUACCAAUUCAACUUCCAGUCCACCCUGUCUUGGCAGGAGGCUGGAAAGAGCUGCGAGCAGCAAGGGGCCGGCUUGCUCAGCAUCACGGAGAUCCAUGAGCAGACGUACAUCAACGGCCUGCUCACGGGUUAUAGUUCCACCCUCUGGAUUGGCCUUAAUGAUUUGGACCUUAACGGGGGCUGGCAGUGGUCAGACGACUCACCCUUGAAGUUCCUCAACUGGGAGAACGGUCAGCCAGACAACCCCCACGAAGAAAACUGCGGAGUGAUCCGGACUGAAUCGUCAGGGGGGUGGCAAAACCGGGACUGCAGCGUCGCUCUGCCUUACAUCUGCAAGAAAAAACCAAAUGCCACUGCUAAUACAUACCUGAUAGAUCCUUGGUUGGAGACGAAGGUUGACUGUGAUCCCAGCUGGCAGCCAUUCCAGUCCAACUGCUACCGACUGAUCAGUGAAAAGAAGACUUGGCCGGAUGCCAAAAAGACCUGUUUACGGAGUGAAGGGGACUUGGUGAGCAUCCACACUCUCCCGGAGCUGGAGUUCGUUACCAAGCAAAUCAAGCAAGAUGUUGAGGAACUCUGGAUUGGCCUGAAUGAUCUCCGCCUGCAGAUGAACUUUGAGUGGUCUGAUGGCACACCUGUGCAGUUCACCUUCUGGCACCCCUUUGAGCCCAACAAUUUCAGGGAGAACCUGGAGGACUGUGUGACGAUCUGGGGACCGGAAGGGAGAUGGAAUGACAGCCCUUGUAACCAGACGUUGCCCUCGGUCUGCAAGAAGAAGGGUCGUGUGAACCCAGCCAGAAAAGAUGAGGACCACGGCUGCAGAAAGGGUUGGAAAUGGCACACACCAUCUUGCUAUUGGCUAGGUGAUGAGCAUGUCAAGUACAUGGAGGCGCGGAGGAUAUGCAUGGACUAUGGGGCUACUCUGCUCACCAUCACCAACAGGUUCGAACAGGCCUAUGUGAACAGCCUUAUUUACAGCUGGGAGAAUGAGUAUUUCUGGACAGCGCUACAGGACAUAAAUGAAACAGGCUCUUUCCAUUGGCUGAGUGGGGAUGAAGUCACGUACACCCACUGGAACCAUAACCAACCAGAUUUCAGUAAAGGGGGCUGUAUUGCCUUGGCUACGGGAAGCGCCAUGGGCCUGUGGGAGGCAAAGAACUGCACCACUUUCCGGGCCAAAUACAUCUGCAGGCAGAACCUGGGAACGCCGGUGAACCCUGAGCUUCCUGCACCGCGCCCCACCCCUAGCCUGACAGGCUCUUGUCCUCUGGGGUGGAGCACCAGCCCCGAGAUGAGGCAUUGCUACAAGGUUUUCCACUACGACAGAUUGCAAGAGAAGAAAAGCUGGAUCAUGGCCCACUUGUUCUGCCAGGAGCUGAAAGCCCAGCUUCUGAGCCUGGGCAGCUAUGAGGAGGAGCACUUUGUGGCCAACACGCUAAACAAGAUUUUUGGGGAAUCGGAACCUGAAAUCCACGAGCAGCACUGGUUCUGGAUAGGCUUGAAUCGCCGAGCUCCCGGGGCAGAGAGCAGCUGGCAGUGGAGCGAUGGUCUCGGGUUUUCUUACCAUAACUUUGACCGCAGCAAUCAUGACAACGAUGACAUCCGUAGCUGUGCAGUGCUGGACUUGGCCUCCUUGCAGUGGAUGCCUCUGGAAUGUGGGGUUCAGCUGGACUGGAUCUGCAAACUGCCCAAAGGUACUGAUGUGAAAGACACAGAGAUACCUAACCAAGGGAGCAAUGAAUGGGUGAAGUAUCAGAAUACUGAAUACAAGUUCUUCAGCCUCCAUUCAACUUGGGUGCAAGCCCAAAGGAUCUGCACCUGGUUCCAGGCUGAGUUGGUAUCAGUUCACAGCCAAGCUGAACUGGAUUUUCUGGGUCAGAACCUGAAGAAGUUCCCAAAGGGCCAGGAUCAGUACUGGUGGAUUGGGCUGAAUACCUAUGAGAAUGAUGGACGAUUUCGGUGGUCUGACCGUUCCCUCCUGAAUUUCAUCUCAUGGGCACCAGGCAAGCCACGGCCUAUCAGCAAAGACAGGAAGUGUGUCUACAUGACAGCUAGCCAAGAAGACUGGGGUGACCAGAAGUGCCACACUGCUCUGCCUUUUAUUUGCAAGCGCAGCAACAGCACCACUCUGUGGCCCACCCCACCCUCCCUUCCUGCGCUGACUCCUGGCAACUGUCCCCAAGGCUGGAACACGCACCGAAAUAAGUGCUUUAGGAUUUACAGGCGAGAGCAGGUGACCUGGCCUGAGGCAAAGCACACCUGUGAGAUUCAGGGGGGCAUGCUGGCUACCAUCUCCAACCACAUGGAGCAAGCUUUUAUAACCACUCUUCUCCCAAAUACAACCUUUGACCUGUGGAUUGGCCUCCAUGAUACCAAGAAGGAAUUCCAGUGGGUGGACUCUGAACCUGUCAAGUAUAUGAACUGGGCCCCUGGUGAGCCAUCUGGAUAUGGAACCUCACCUGCCAAUGAGAAGCCGACCAACUGUGCAGUAGUUUGGCAUGGCUCUCCACCCCAGUUCACAGGUCGCUGGGAUGACAGGAACUGCCUGGAGGAGAAACAUUCCUUCAUCUGCCAGAAGAGCAAAGGCCCUGCUCUAGUCCCUUCCACAGCAGGCUUCCCUCCUGCUGCCAAUUCGACCCUCUCAUAUCUCCACGGCAUCUAUCGCAUCCUGACGAAGCCACUCCGAUGGCAGGAGGCAGUGCUCCUCUGUGAGAGUUUCAAUGCAAGCCUAACAAACGUGAUGGAACCAUAUACCCAGGCCUUCCUCACCCAAGCAGUCAGCAGGGUGCACGCCCCACUCUGGAUCGGUUUGGCCAAUGAGGAGGGAAGACGAAAUUAUGUAUGGUUCACAGAUGAGAACCUUUCCUACACCAACUGGCAGGAUGGAGAGCCACAGCAAAUCAUGGGAUGCACCUACAUGGAUGUAGAUGGGACGUGGAGGACUGUUGGUUGUGACACCAAGUUGCAGGGGGCAAUCUGCAAAAUGAACACAGGGCUCCCUUCCUCACAUAGGUGGAGCUAUAAUGGGACCUGUCCUAAUUCUGUAGAAGAUUCCUCUUGGAUCCCCUUCCGGAACCACUGCUAUGCCUUUCACAUGGAGGUCAUGCUGGGCCCAAAGGAAGCCGUGAAGAAGUGUCAGAAAGUUGGCGGUACUGUGCUGUCUGUCCAAGAUGAGAUGGAAAAUGUCUUUGUUUGGGAGCAUCUACAAGCCUAUGAGACUCAGUCCAAGGGGGCUUGGCUGGGUAUGACCUUUAACCCCAAAGGGGGCAUGCUCGUCUGGCAUGACAACAUGGCCAUGAACUACUCUAACUGGGGACAGCAUGACACAGGACCAAAUAUGCUUAGCCCAAAUAGCUGCUACUGGAUCCAGAGCAGUGACGGGGUUUGGGGUCUGGGCUCCUGCUCCAAUGUCACUAUGGGGGUCAUCUGCAAGACUGCUCGAAUGGAAGAAAGCAACUUCUUGUCUUCUGCAGCUUUCCUGGAGAACACAAAGGCUAUUGCUGUGGUCAUCCUUUCUGCUUUAGCUCUGUGCACAUUGGUAGCUAUGGCCAUCUACCUGUACAAGCGCCAGUGGAUCUCGGAGCAGAGGGCUUUUGACAGCGCCCGCUACAGCCGCACCAACUCCAGCCCCAGUGAAUCUGCUGAGAAGAACAUCCUGGUGUCUGACAUGGAGAUGAAUGAACAACAAGACUAAUGGUGUGUUUGGCGGGUAGGGGGAGAGCAGAAA